GCUGCUGCUGCUGCUGCUGCUGCUGCUGCGCGAGCUCCAGUCCUCAUUACCACAACAACGAGCCACCAACCCGACCCAGCAGUGCCAGCCCACUUCCACACCGAACACACCCGCCGAGUUUUCACACAGCUGCAUCGCACACCGCGCAGGGAAGCGACGACCCGGAAUAUCGAACAAGGAAGUGCCAAUUGGGCCGGCAAGGAGAAAGAGACUGGGAAUUGUUGGUGACUUGGCGGUGCUGGGAAAGCCUCUUACACCAGACGACCGGGCCUCGGCAGAGGUGUUCGCAUUAUCCGAGCGAACGAGCGCCUCAGCCCGAUCUCGCGCACGACCUUUGAAUUCCCGGGCCACGCCCGAUCUCCUUCACUCGGCGCAUCGCUUUUUAUCGGUCGACCACACACCAUCGCCUGUUUGGACCGACUGUGACACCUCGAGUGCGACGACGACGACGACGGACCGGGCGGGUCACAUCUGGUCGACGAGCGGCCAGCUCUUUCACACCAAAGCACUCGACACCAUCCUCGAGCGCCGGGCGCUGCAAGCAUCUUUAACCAUGUCCGACUUCGGAAAAUUUGCCUCCUUCUGUUGGGGCUCGACGCUUCCCGUCUGCAAUGUUUUGAGCAAGGAAAGGAACCAAGCAGGCAACUGGGAAGGAUGCCAGCUCACGGGGAUACCUUUGAGCAACGACAAGAGGCUUGGGAACCUAGGUGUGAUAUUGCUGUGCGCCGUCGCAAUUGCUGUUGCGGGCUACCUACUGCUUCGGUCAGAGCGGAAGAAGGCUGCUGUUGGAAGGAGAGAAAUGCAGCUCUUCCUCCUCGGAUACAUUGUGAUUCAGAUAUGCGAGAUUUUCACCGUCGGCGAAUUCCCUCUUCCUGGAACCGCCAGAGUCGUUUUCACUGGCAUUCAUAUUGGGUUCAUCAUCGCGACGGCGUGGAUCUUGAUGCUCAAUGCGGUUGUGGGCUACCAGAUUAUCGAUGACGGAACGCCACUCUCGCUGGGUCUGCUGCUCCUAUCCGCUACUGUGCUUAUGGUUGGCACCGGCUACAUCACUCUCGACACUGGCUUCGGGUGGACCGGCCAGUGGGCCUCGAGCUACAACCCGCCGAACAAGCACAUCGCCCUCUACGUCCUCUACCAGCUUGCGCCGCUGAUCUUCAUCGUCGCCUUCUUCGUGCUCGAGGCCAUCCUGGUGCUCCGGGUCCUGCAGGAGACCAAGCCCAUGAUUUAUCUGGGUGGCGCCCUGCUUCUUUUUGCAAUCGGCCAGAUAUUCAACUACGUCGCCAGCAGAUACAUCUGUGAAGGAACCGCUGGCAAGAUCGACGGCUCGCUAUUCCAGACACUCUUCACGCUUCUGUCCGUUGUUAUGAUCUGGAUAUUCUGGUCGAGCAUUACCGAAGACGACUGGCCGAUGCCCGUUGGUACCACGUACCCAUGAUUGCCUGGCCUCAACACCCAGACACCUAGCACGCUGGAAACAACACCUUAAACGAAAAGCAGAAAAAAAAUGAAAGAAGGCAUGGUUUUUGUCUUUGGCGUUAGACUUUCAGAGGCUUCUUUCGCUCAUUAGGAUAUCCGGAUAGGCCUAGGGGCUCCUAUCCCGGCGUACAUCAACGCCCGAUCACCGAUUCGACAUAAUCACACCACCCACACCGAGCCGACGACCCGAAACCGCGGGAAUUACCUGGCCACAGCCAUUGGACUAUGGACGACGGAGCCGAAUCUCCUCGCAUCUACUCGAAAGCGCGAGAUACACGAGGUUGGCUUCGCUAAUUGGGACGGGGGAUGACGCGUCCCCGUCUGGGAGAGCAUUUUAAUGUGUUUUGCGCGUGGCCAAUCUAUCUGGGAAUACUGAUUCCCCGCGACGGACACUAGUUGGAGGCGGCGACACGUUUUACCGGACACAUCUUAUCUCUCUGAUGAUGGACUUUGUAUAACGGGUUUGUUUGGCUUCUGUUACUUUUCGAUACCUGAUUUUGCCUGUAUUAGAGCAUGACAUAGUAUACCCGUCCUCUGGACUGAACUGCCGGUUGGCUUUACACGGAAAUAGGUGGGCAGCCGUCUGCUGUUAGAUGUCUGGAAAUGCUUAUCAUAGUUUCUGCUUCAACGAUUGAGUUGUAUUGAUGUUGAUGGUGCAACUGCCUGGUUCUGACUGGAACUUUUCUCCCUGGU